GAGCAGAAUUAGUUUGGACCAAACAGGGCUGGAUGUGGCGUCUGGCCUGGAUAUGGCCUCGCAGUAUUUUAGUUGCAGCGCGGACCCUUCACCGAGAGGACAUCACACACUCAGCCAUCCGUCUGAGGCCGACACACACUUACUUGACAGCUCUUAGGGUCCGAAAGAGGGGCAAUGAGGUUCACGUUCCGCUCAGAUGACCGCAUGGUCAUCACCAUCCCGCUGGGCAGCCUGCGGGAGGUCCGAGAAGGUCAGCUGAUGCCCGAGCGCUUCACCUGUGUCUUUAAGGACGUCUACAAGGUGUUCCUCAGAGGCCAGCCCAAAGCACUGGGGAUGUCUCAGCUGGUGGCUGGUGUGUUUGUUCUGAGUCUGGGGGUGCUGCUGCAGCAUGAGAUCGGAGACGUCCCUUCAAACCUGAUCAACCACCUCCACUACACCCUGCCCAGCAUACUGUUCAUUAUUUCUGGAAUGCUGUCAUAUGCAGCAGGACACACACCUCAUAUGAGCAUGAUGAAGCUGUCCUUUGCCUUCAACAUUGUGUGCAUCUUCUGGUCGAUGGCGGCUAUGACUCUGUGUGGACUAGCACCACACGAGAACCCACCGCAGAGUCACUCCAAACAUGCAGUCGGCCUGAAGGCUGUGGUGGGGACGCUUCUGGCUGGAGAGAUGCUGGUUGCCAUAGUGAUGGUGUACUGGGAGAGUAAGGCAGUGUGCCGAGACUACUUCAACAUUCUGCCCACCAUCACCCUGAAGCAGGAGCCCUGAAACUGGACAAUGGAGGAUUACACACAUGCCCACGCACGCGUACACACACACACACACACACACACACACACACACACACACACACACACACGUCCAUCAUGUGCAGAUUGGGUCUCAGGUGUAGGUCCAUAUAUAGUAAAAAAAAAAGUAGGACCAUAUAUAGUAAAAAGCCCCCAGACUCACAGGGUCAGAGGUGACGACACACACACACACACACACACAAACACGCUCUCUCUCACUCUCUCUCUCUCUCUCUCCAUCUCUCUCUCUCACACACACACACACACACACAACACACACACAAAUAUGUGUGUAUAAUAGGUCACUCUGUAAAUACAUAUCAAUUUCUGUAAAAUGUGUCACUUUAAAUAGUGUUAUAUAGUAAAUAUCUUUAUAUUUGAAAGCAAACAACUGUGUUAUUGUGUAGCAGCAAAUAUAUUACUUUGAUAUUAUUUGGCAUGUUUACUUUGAUGUUUUCUUUCUUGAUGGUAAUUGUAAUUUUAUCAUACAAUGGCUAA